AUGUCAUUUUACUUAAAAUUCGUAAGUCGAUCAUAUCGAUUAUAUCAAUUUCAUGACCAGUACCGAUUAAACCAAAUUCAUAAAAGAAAUGUUGAAAAUGUUUAGAGCAAUUACUUUCUUCUAUCGUUUUCCCUCCUCUCCUUUACAAAAAUGUUUGGGACCAUCUCUUUCCCCUCUCCCUCCUUGUCUCUCCUUCCCAAACACGCUAUCUUCAUCUUCUCCCAGAAGCAGUGGGAGACGGACAGCGAAGAGAGCGCAGCAACCGACCGACGGAGUCACAACCGCCGACCAAAACCAUGGCUCGCCGAUUCAGUCCUCCCAAACAACCACCGUUGACUCGCGAUUCCUCUACGCUACCUAUUCCCAAUUUUGCUAAUCGCAGUCCCAACGAGCUCGGUCUGCCGCCGGGGAACGAAUUGGCCUCGUCAGCGUCGCCGCUUUCAAUUUCCGACGAGGCGGAGAAGACAGAUCGACCGCGGCGGCAUCUGCCUACUCUUCCUCCAGAGCUCAUCUCCGAAAUCCUCGCCUAUUUGCCCGUCCGUUCCCUUAUCCGAUUCAGGUGUGUCUCCAGAUCCGUGAAAACCCUAAUUUCCAGCGAUGCUUUUAUCAAAUCCCAUCUGAGAAACACGAAGGCCUCGUCCACUGCCAAGCCGAAUCGCGUCGAGAGGCUCAUCGUGAAAUCGGAGAAGUUUGGUCUCAUUUCAUACUCGCUUGGCUCUCUGCACAAUUACCGCGGCACUCAAGCUGAAAUCGAUCUAGCUCGCCCGGAGCGUUUCCCGGUGACCACAUUUGUUCGCCUUCUUGGUCCUUGCGAUGGAUUACUCUGCGCUCGUGUCGGUGGCAGCUUGGACGGCUUCGUUGUGUGGAACCCAUCUCACGAAGCUUCCACCGAGCUGCCUAUGUUUCGGUCAGGGCCGUGGAUUCCCGGGAGCUUCAUGUGUUUUGGGUUUGGCUACGAUGGUCGGCUAGAUGACUAUAAGGUGGUUGUUCUGAUUUCAUCAAAGAACGGUGAUGAUUCAGCUGCUUAUCAGACAGAAGUUCAGGUCUGUGCAUUGAAGUCUAGAGUGUGGAGGAGGAUUGACGAUUUCGAGGGCGUCCCGGGUGACGAUGUUGGGAAGGUUGCUGCUGGAAAACUCCAUUGGAAAGCUUCUCAUGUGAAUGAUGAGCCGAUGUACACGAUCAUGUCGCUCGAUUUGGCGAGCGAGACGUACAGGGAGGUGAUGCCACCUGAGUUUGGGGAGGCUACUGGUCUUUGGACGUUGGAGGCAUUGGAUGAUCGCCUCUUCGUCAUGAGCCGCAACUCGAUCGACUUUUCUUCUGCAUUGUGGAUGAUGAAAGAGCAUGGAGUGGCAGAUUCAUGGACCAAGUUGUUCAGAGUUCUGCACCAUGGCAUGUACCCUGGUGAAUGGAGGCCGUUGAUGUACAUUUCGAACAGCGGCGAGGUCAUUUUUCGGACACGUUACUGUCUGCUGAUCUACGAUAUCAAGGAGAACACGGUCCGGUUUCUGACAUCGAAAGAUUGGUUCGAUUAUGAUUCCUAUGUCUACAUGGAGACCUUGGUUUCGUCCGGGCUGGAGAACUAGCCAGAGGCUAGGUAGGCUAUUGGAUUCCAUCCUCAAUUGUAAAAUUUCCUCCUCCUUGCAGGAAGAUACUGCUGGUUGGUCUUCCUUUGUGUUUAGGUCCACUCUUGGCCUCUCCAUUUCUGUAACAUUUAUUACUCAGUGAUAAAGUUUGUUGCUUUUCUUACUACUUGUAGGUUGUUUUGGUCCCCUCCUCUCCAUUUCUGUAACAUUGAUUACUACAGUGAUAAAGUCUGUUGCUUUUCUUACUACUUGUAGGUUGUUUUGCGGAUAUGAGCUUUGGCU